AUGGAAUAAAGUUCAAUAGAAAGCGAAGAUGUGAGUUAUACUAUAUAGAUUAUUUCUAGGAGUUCGUUGAGAGACAUAAAAAAAAUUAAAUGAUUCUUCAAUAAGUGAAAGAAAUAUGGAAGGAAUCUGAUCUAUCAAAAGAUGAUGGAAUAUAGUAGAUAUUACAUGAGUUUAGAGAAGAAAUUUUGGAUGAAUUAGAAGAUGAAUAUGAACCAGAAUAUAAAGCAAUUUAAGUUUAAGAAAAUAUAAAUAUUGAUUUAGUUCCAAUGAAUGAGGUUCAAAGGGCCCUUAUUUAUGAAGAUAAGUAUAGUUUAUGUAUAAUUAGGUAUCCCUUUUUGAGAAUAAGAAAGAGAAUCUUAAUAUAAUUAAAGAAGAUAUCUAUGUUAGCAAUGCAAAUCACAAAACAUCCCAUAUUUGAGUUUUUCACACUUUUAAUAAUCAUAUUCAAUUCUAUUAUGCUUGCUGUAGAUGAUCCAACUACUGAUAUUUAAACUUCUUUUUAGGAUUUAAUGGAUAUCAUUUUUUUGGCAGUUUAUACAUUUGAAGCAGUUUUAAAAAUUAUUGCAAUGGGAUUCGUUUUAAAUAGUAAUUCUUAUCUUCGUGAUUUAUGGAACAUUUUAGAUUUAACAGUAAUUAUUACAGCAUAUAUCCCAUAUUUUGUAAAUAAUUCUGGUCUCUAGUUAAGUGCUUUGAGAUCAUUGAGAGUUUUAAGACCAUUGAGAACAAUUUCGUCAGUUAAAUCUUUAAGAAGUAUAAUGAUGACAUUAUUUGCCUCAUUUGCUGAAUUAGGAAAUUCUCUUGUCAUUUUAGGAUUUACAUAUACAAUUUUUGCGAUAGCUGGAUUGCAACUAUUUUCAGGAUAUGCUUAAUUAAGAUGUUUUGAUGAAAAUGGUAUAAUUUAAAUGUCUGGAUAUGAUACAGAUGAGCCAUAUUGUAAUGGAUCUUGUUCUGGUAAUUAUAUUUGUGGUAAAAUGAUGGAUAAUCCAAUCAAUGGAUUAUUAUCAUUUGAUAAUUUUGGAUUAGCAUUUUUAUAAGUAUUUAUUAUCACAACCCUUGAAGGAUGGACUACUAUAAUGUAUACAAUAAUGAUAACAUUUUCAUAACUUUCAGUCUUUUAUUUUUUAUUAUGUGUUAUAAUAGGAGCCUUCUUUCUUGUGAAUUUAACAUUAGCUAUUAUAAAAAUUAAUUUCUCUAGAGCAGAAUCGUAAGAACCUGUUAAACCAGAAGAUGUUAGUUAUAAUUUAAAACAGAUGAAACGAUUGGGAAUAUAUAAACCUAAUCGAGAAUCCCAUACUGUUAGCAUUACUAGAAAACAUACUAUACGUUUGAAUAGAUUAAGAUAAUCAAUUAAUAAUAAUAAUUAAAAUAAUAAUAAUAAUAAUAAUAAAUAAAUAGAUGAACCUAAAAGAAGUUCAAUUAAAGUUAAUUUUUAAUCAUUAAAUAUUAAAGAUUUUAGUAAACCCCAUUAAGUUAAAUAUAAUAAUAAUAGAAUAUUACUUUAAGGAAUACAAGGUGUAAGAACAGAAUAAAAUAUUAAUAAUAAAUAAUAAGAAAUAAAUAAUAAUCCAUAAUUAAAUAUGAAAACAAGUGUACAAUCUAUAAAUGCUCCUUAAAUAAGAAAACUUAGUAAAAUUGGAACAUAAUUUAAAUAAUCUUAAAGAAAAAUGUCAAUUGCUCAUUAAGAUGAAAGUCCAUUAGAUGAACUAGAUAAUCUUAUAAAAUUUGCUGUUCGUAGAUAAUCAGUAUUAAGAGUAGAUACUAAAAUUAUGGCAUCUCCAAGAAUACCUACUCCUUCUAAAGAUACUCCAUAACCUCCAAGUAGUAAUUCUAUAUUAGAUGAAUCACAUUCUCCAGGAAAACCUUAAUAAUCUAAUUAUUUAAGUAUUCCAAAAUAAUAAUUUAAUUUCUUACAAGAAUAAAAAUCAUUUAAUGAAAAUGAUGCUCUUAGUGUUACACUCUCAGAAAUCGAUUCUAUUCCAGAAAGUGAAUUAAAUCAAAGAUUUAAAGAAUUCGAAAUCUCUUUUCAAAUCGAAAAAUCUGAUGAUAAAACUGCUAAUGAAACAGAAGAUAGAAAACCUCAUUAACAUAUUCAUUAAAAAAAAAGAAAAUAAGAUAUACCAUUAAUUUAUGAAUUAAGCAAAGAAGAUGAAAAAUUAAAAAUUAGAUUAUUUUAAACUAAAUUAGUCCCAAGAGUAAUUUAUAAAGAAUUUCUCUUUGAAUCUAGUAAAGAUAUUCUUGUAAGCUUGGAAAUGAAAAAAUAAAAAAAAGAGUAAGAAUUAAGGAGACUUAGAAUCUAAAAUAUGAAAUUUACUAUGUAAUAUCAAUUUAAAAAUAACACUACUAUUUUAAAAUUAUCUAAAAAUUCAUAAUAAUAGUCAUUUAAUUCAAAUGAAUAAAAACUUAAAGAAAAUGUUAAAUCUCGAAAAAUUAUUCCCUUAGCUGAAAUGCCUUCAGGAUAGGAUAUUACAACUCCAAGAUUAACUGUUAGAAAAUAAUAAAAACGUAAAACUAUAGUACAUAAAGCAAUAACUUAUGAAUAAUAUUAAUAAGGUUUUAAUAAUAGUUAAGAUAUUGAUCAAAAUAAUGCUGAAACAUUACAAUAAGUAGAAGCAGAAAAAAUCACAUUUAAAACUCCUAAUGAAAAUUAAUUUUAUGAUCAAGUUGGAUUUUAAACAUAUCAUUAAAUAAAAAGUGAUGAUAUUAAUUUAAGUAAUGGAAUUCUCUUUGGGUAAGCUUCCAUUGAAGAUGUUAUAAUUAUUAGAUGUAGUUUAUAGAAUAAGUUUAAUUUAAUUUUAUAAGGAAUGAAUUUUAAAAAAUCAGAUUAUAUGAUUUACAUGACUCAGGAUAUGAUAAAGAUGUUAUAAUUUAAAUUAUUCUUGAUUGUUGAUUCAAGAUAUUUUAAUAUUUUUUUAAAUCUAGCAGUAUUUAUGAAUACAGUAAUUUUAUGUUUGGAUGGUUUGGUGAAUAAUUCAGAAGAUUUAAAUGAUUUUAAUCUAGCAUUUACAAUUCUAUUCACUAUUGAAAUGGGUUUAAAAAUGAUAGGAUUUGCCUUAAUUUAAUAUAUAAAAGAUCCAAUGAAUAUUUUUGAUGCUUUAAUAGUAGCUCUUAGUUUGGUUGAUAUAUUUUUUUUAUCUGGAAAUUCAGUUUUCAAAUCAGUUAGAAUAUUUAGAGCCUUUAGAGUUUUAAGGGUAACAAAAUUAAUGAGGUAUUAGAAUUAUAUAAUUAGAAUAGAUCUUUGAAAUUUAUGAAUUUUUUGGUAUAAGUUUUGAGUAAUGCUUUCUAAUCUUUAAUGUAUAUAUUUCUUUUGCUAAUCUUAUUUAUAUAUAUAUUCACAUUAUUAGGAAUGUCAUUUUUUGGAGGUUAAUUAACUUAUACACCUAGUAGAUAAAGUUAUGAUACAUUUUAUGAGUCAUUUCUUGUUGUAUUUUAAGUAUUAACUCUUGAGAAUUGGAAUAGUAUUCUUUAUGAUUUACUCUAAUAACCAGUAUCAUGGAUAAUUACAACGAUUUAUUUAAUAGCUUGGAUUUUUAUUGGAAGCUAUGUUUUAUUAAAUUUAUUUUUGGCAAGUCUACUUGAUUAAUUUGAAGCAGAAUAUUUAAGAGAGCAUAAUUUAGAAAAUAAAAAUUAAGAGGAGGAAUAAAUAUAAUAAUAAUAGAAUAUUUAAUAAACACAAACAUAAACAAUUAUGAAUUAAACUUUUAUUAAUGUAUCUGUUAAUUAAACACUUAAUCCUAUUUUAGCAAAAUAAUUGAUUACUAGAUAAGAUUCAAUAAAUAAAUUUGUUUAUUUUUCAGAGGUAGGUUUAUGUUUUUAUUCUUUGUAUAUUUUCAGCUAGAAUAAUCCAAUAAGAAGAUUUUGUUAUAAAGUGGUUAAAAAUAGUUUAUUUGAUUAAACUAUACUUUUUGCAAUAUUUUUGAGUUCAUUAAAAUUAGUAAUAGAUACAUAUAUAAGUAAUUUUUUGGAUUUGGCAGAUUGGUUUUUUGCAAUUUUUUUUGGUAUAGAAUUUUUAUUUAAAAUAAUUGCAUAUGGAUUUGUAAUGGAAGAAAAUGCAUAUUUAAGAGAGAGUUGGAAUAUUCUUGAUUUCAUAAUAGUAGUUUGUUCUUUUAUAGAUAUAUCAGUAUCUUCAAUAGAUUUAAGUUUUGUAAAGAUAUUAAGAUUAUUACGUACAUUACGUCCUUUAAGAUUAAUAUCUUAAAAUAAAUCUAUGAAAUUAUUAGUAACAACCUUAAUAAACUCCAUAUCAGGUAUUGUAAAUGUAGGUGUGGUUGUAAUAUUGGUGUUUUUGAUGUUUGCAAUAUUGGGAGUUAAUUUAGAAAAAGGGAAAAUGUAUUAUUGUGAUAUAGGUAAUGAUGAAUAAUCCUAUUUACAUGAAUCAAAAUGUAUAGAAGAAGGAUAUGAAUGGAAAAAUAGAGAUAUGAAUUUUGAUAAUGUAUUUUAUGCAAUGUUGACACUCUUUAUAAUAUCAACUUAAGAAGGUUGGCCAACGUAAAUGUAUUGGUUUGUGGAUGCUGAUGAAAGUGGACCUAUUUUAAAUAAUUAAAUGUGGUUUACUAGUUAUUUUUUAAUAUUCUUAUUAAUUGGAUCAAUACUUUUAAUGAAUAUGUUUGUUGGUGUUAUUUUAGUUAAUUAUAAAUUAGCUGAUGAUGAUAUGAAAGAUAAAAAUGUAUCUAGAGAUCAAGAAGAUUGGAUUAGUAUACAAAAAUUAAUUAUUGAUUCUAAUCCUAAUUUUGCUUUGUAUUAUCCACCAAAAAAUUAUUUUAGAGCACUUAUUUUUAAAAUUAUUUCAAACAGAAUAUUUGAUCUCUUAAUUAUGUUUUGUAUUAUUAUUAAUAUUGCAGCUAUGGCAUCAAAUUAUGAAGGUAAUCUUAAUCUAAUUUAAUAGGAUCUAGUGUCUAAUAUUAAUAUAUUUUAGAAACUCUUAAUUUAGUUUUGAGUGUAAUCUUUAUAUUCGAAUCUAUCUUAAAAAUAAUUGGAUUUGGACCUAGAGGAUAUUUUAGAAAUAAUUGGAAUUAAUUUGAUUUCUUUGUUGUUCUUUCUUCAAUACUUGAUAUGGUUUUGAGUUUCACUGAUAAUAAGAAUAAUGCAAUUUUAUCAGCAGGACCUUAAUUAAUUAGAGUAUUUAGAGUUUUGAGAGUUACUAGACUAUUUCGAUUAGUAAAAUCUUUACAUAGUCUAAAAAAAUUGAUUGAUACAGCUUUGUUUUCAUUACCUGCUUUGUUUAAUGUAUCUUCGUUAAUGUUUUUACUUUAUUUCAUAUUUUCUGUUUUGGGAGUAUUCUUAUUCAGUAAUCUAAGGUAUUGUUUUUAUCUGUUAUUUUUAGUGAAGGUUACAUAAUUGAUAGUGAAAAUAAUUUCAAUGAUUUUCAUCAUGCUUUAAUUCUACUAUUUCGAUGUACAACUGGUGAAGAUUGGUAUUUAUUGAUGUAUGAUAUAAUGAAUAAGGCCAGUUAUUAUUAUUGUGCUUAUUUUAUUAUAUUUGUAGUAAUAAUGUAAAGGAUUAUGCUUAAUUUAUUUGUAUUGAUUAUUUUGGAUUAAUAUGAAAGAUUUUAUUUUAAUUCUGAUAAUCCUUUAUAAAGAUUUUAAGAAUUUGAAGAUGAUUUUGUUGAUGGUUGGGCUCCAUUAACCUCAGAAACAAAAGGUUAAUAAAUUCAUUAAGAUUUCCUUGUUUAAUUGAUGUUAUCAAUUAAAGCUCCAAUGGGUUACGAUUUAAAAGAGAAAAUAAAUAUAGCUGUCAAUGAUUGGAAAACUUAUAAUUCUGAUGCUGAUAAAUCAACUUAGAAUUUAGAAAAAAUAAAAAUUAUGGUAACAACUGAAGCUAAAAAAACUGUUGCUAAAAUAAUAAUGAAUAUGCAAUUAGAAUCUAAUGAAAAUUAAAUGUUAGAAUAUCAUUAUGUUUUAUUUGCCUUUAUGAAGAAUUUCUAAACUGAUUUAUUCAAAGAAGUAACUUAAAUAGGAUUAAGUAAAUUGAUUUAAAAAGAAGAAUAAACAUUAAAUAAAAUAAAGAAAAAUAGACAUAGUUCAUAAGAAGUGAAUCCUUGUGUAGAACUCUUGUUUCAUAUUAUGUGUUUUAAAGCAUAUAAAAGAUAUGCAAUAAAAUUGAAAGAACGUAUGAAUAGAUAACAAAAUGAAUUCAGUCAAAAGAGUUCUGAUUCUUCGUAUCUCCAUAAAAAUUCAGAUAUUGUAUAAAGAGAUAGUAUAAGUUAAUCAUUAGAAUCAAUCCAAGAAUCAAAAUAAUAAUUUUGUUUACCUCCAGAUUUAGCAGUGUAUUAGAGUGAUGUUAAUAUUGCAUUAAAAGAAAAUAGUAUUAGUCAAAAUACUAAAAACAAUAGAGGAUCAGUUUAGUAAUUAGUAGAAUAGAAAUUAGAAAAUAUUAGUGAAUUUAAUAGUGAAUAAAGCAUUAGCUUCAAUAAGUUAAACGAUGUAUCAAAUUGA